GCGUCGCACGCGCAGAACUCGUCGCGACUUGCUGGUGUACGGAGUGCAGUCGACGUCGCUGUGCUGCUCCGCGAUCUCGUAGCGCUCGCGCCGUCUUUUUUUUUUGCUCAGCUGAGGCGGAUCGUAGAGCUCGUAUCUUCUGACUGAAGCACCGCUCGCCAGGACACUCACCUCUGCGGAGGCUGGAUUACUUGACAUUACCCCCGCGGAUUACACUGUCGGCAACCGCUCAUCGCGUUUGGACCGAGUUGAUCAUCACCUUCGUCAGGGUUCCAUGACCCAUCACCAUGCUGACCUCAAGUAAUCAGUACCUGAGGCCAGAGUUCCUGUCUCCGCUUCCGACUACGCUCGACGCCAAGAAGAGCCCUCUGGCAUUGCUGGCGCAGACAUGCAGCAACAUUGGUGCCGACAACCCCAACAUCAAGCCUAUAAUUCCGCCGCUGGAGAAGCCCAAGGACCAAGACAAGAGCAAGGGCAAGUCAUCGUCGCUCUCUUCUUCUUCGACGUCCUCAUCGAGCCAGCUGGACGACAAGCCGUCCUUCAAGCCCUACGAGUCGGCGAAGAAGGAGGACUCCACAUCCAAUGGUGACGUGGGCGGCGGCAAGAAGUCCCCUUCCUCAUCGUCUAAAUCCCCGCCGCGGGUUGCGAGCUCGUCUCCCGCGGCGUCCAUUGCAUCCAGCGGCAAAGCAUCGCCCGCGGCUUCCGAAGGUGGUCACUCCAAGUCAGACACUUCAUCGGGCUCGGCGACGGCCAUAACGACUACCACGUCCUCCUCCUCUUCAUCCUCGACGCCGUCGUCGCAGAACACUCUGAGCGGCCUUGGCUACGGUGGUGCAGCGGCUCUCGGCUUGGACCUGGCGCGCGACAAGGACGCGCUGUCGCAGUUGACCUCUCUGAGUGCGGCCUACAAGGGUCUGAACCCGCUGGCCAACUGCUGCUCGCCGCUACUGGCUGGCCAUCUACCGGGAUCUAUGGAUGGCGCGUUCCCCGGCGCGGCGCUAGCGAGCCAAGCACUCAAACUGGGUGGCUACCCCGUGGGCUCGCCCUUGUCGCCAUACGUGGGUUACGCUCGUGUGAAGACAGCCGGCGGUGGCACUUCGCUGGUGCCCGUUUGCCGAGACCCGUUCUGCACCAACUGUCAGAUGAGCAUGCAGAGUGCGCAGCUAGGUGUCUGUCCUAGCGGCUGCACACAAUGCUCACACGACCGGCUGGGUCAGGGACUGGGCCUGAAUCCGGCACUGAUGCCUCCUGGGCUGGGUUCAGCAGCUGGCGGUCUCGGUUCCCCUCUGUACCCAGGUGCGGCUGCCGCGCACUCAAUGCUGACGCGGCCGAACGUCUGUAGCUGGAUGGUAGGUGACACAUACUGCGGCAAGCGGUUUUCCACUUCUGAGGAGCUGCUACAGCACUUGCGCACCCACACCAAUCUCUCGGUGACGGACUCUAGUGCGCUUCCACUGUUGUCGCCCAGUCUGUCGGUGCCAUCGGCGGCGCCCAGCGGCCUCAGUGCAGCAGCCGCUGCCUGCCACCUGCACUACAGCACGGCGCCAUCGCUGACUACGCCGGCGGGACUGCGCAGGACCUAUCCAACAAGCCUGAGCCCCGUCGGCUCGCUCUCGGCGCGGUACCACCCAUACAAGCCGCCAAUACCGACCUUUCCUGGUACGCCAUUCGCUCCGCUACCUCAUCCUUCACUCGGCAUGUACUACUCGCCAUACGGACUCUAUGGACAGAGGCUAGGGCCCCCUGUGCACCCCUGAACGAACUGUCUUACCUUUGCGUGGCCUGUGGACACUCGCUAGUGCAGUGCCAUUGUCUCUCCCACCUACCCUCUCUCUCUACGGCUGCUCACUUGUAAGAAAGGUCUUCACGUGGACUCUUGUGUGCGCGCAUGCGUUGAAGCUCACUUGGACUCUGAGCGGCUAUCCUCUCAUCCCGAGCGUAGUUUGUAACUAUAUUUGCCGAGCCUUUCAUGGCUUUGUGCACCGCGUUGCUCGGCAGUGUUUGUCUUUCGUUGGUCUCCCUGUUCAUUAUUACUUUUUUAACGUGUUGUUUAGGCCCCAAUAGAAGUAUCUUCGAAACACAUCGCAACGGAAAUACUUACCAGUAGGCCUUGUUGUGCCGGAAACAUAUGCAAGCAGUAUGCAGUUCUUCCUCUUUGGUGAAUUUGCUGCGCUAGAGUGAACCGGAAAAGCACGGGCAUGCAUCUGACGGGCUGUUCUGGCUCUAUUUAAAGCACGGUCGUUCGCAAUAACGUAAUGCCUGUAGGCAUUUAUGCACUCAAAAGCGUCGUGUGAUUUUCGAAUGUAUUCCGCGUCACUUGCACGUUGUCACAGUUUCUGACCUUUGUUUUCUUUCGAGGCUGUACUUUGCGCACAUUUACAACUCCACACGCGUCACUUGUGUGGCUGGACUUCACCGCAAUGGCUCAACUAACGAAUUAACUGAUGUGUGAAGCACCUCAUGUCUUUGGCGUGCGCCUGUCAGUGCGUCGGUGGACGUUCAUUUUAUUGGAUAUUGUUUGCACAUGCUGUCUCCGCUUGCCGUUUUCUCCCUUGUCAACAUUUCGGUGGCGUGCUUCCACUGCAUGAUGGCCCACCGGUUCUCUCUCACUCGGUGAUGUGUUUGUGGGGUGGGGGAUACCAGGUCAAUUUGAAUGAAUGUUCUGAAUUCGCCCUAUUUCGGUUUACUUCGGUGGGGCAAUCAGGACGAGAGUAGUCAAAGAGCACCACUUACUGUUUGAAAGCUACGUCACAAAAUGAUCGCCAAGAUUAUUCUCAAGAAAGGCUCGAACUAUACUCACCUGUACGUCGUCCACGGCUUAUUUCCACCUCGGUCGGGUACUAAUUUUCACACAUCGGCUCUAGCUUGUUGAAGUUCGCGCUACGCCUUCCGCUUGCGUUUUAUUUUCUCCUUUUUUUUCAACGUAUUCGUUUUUACAAUGAGGCUCUUGUAAUUUCUCCGUAGCUGGGUGUUUUGCCUUUUGGGGCUUCACUUUCGUACGUGUUCUGUUGAAUUGCGGACAAACAUCGUGAUUCGCGUUGGGAGCCGCUGCCACAACGCAUCUUCAAUUUUAAACAGGCUGCACCGAACUUCUACAGAUUUAUGUCGACGCUAAGUAAAAUAUUUCAGCCGCUCAAUUUAUGUGCGCACUUUUCCACUGCCAUCGAUGGCGUCCCUUCUAAACGUGUCGCGUUUUGUCUCGUAUUGCCAGCGCUACAAUGUUAUACUCCGGUCACCAACUCAGCCCAACGUGGCGGAGAUUUCGUGCACGUUCCGAACGGUGCGUAUGUAGGACUGUGGAAUACAAACUUCGGAGGGAGUACGUGUUGUGGAAGAUAAAGGUAAAAAAAAAUAAAACAGAAGCAAUGCUUUCAGUUUGCCACAUGUCUCGGCAAAGAAAACAAAGAAAGAAGCAGCGAGGGGCAUCUUCGUGAUUGCCCCAUCGAUCAGGGUGACGAAUGGUGCCUAGCUCGGCGCGACGCCACGGCCUUGCUAAUCUAAAUGUAGCGUUUCUUUGGAAGGGAGGAGAGGGGGAUUAGCAUUCGCGAGGGGAUCGCGUGAUCCGAAUGGCAGAUUGUGGGCCAACCGAGUGCUGCAGGCGCGCGAUUUAUAAAUAUUCGUCGCGCCGCCGCGUUUUACCACUCGCUGGGAGUUCGGCCUCUUUUUCUCCGUGUUACCGCUCUCGAUGCUUAUCUUGAGCAAUGAGCCCGCGGCUGUGACGGCGCGCCCCCUUGCGGCGCUCACCGUUACGACAAAACAGCGAGGAUCCUACAUUGGUUGACCGGUCCUUGAUCCGGUGUGUUUAGUUCGGUGAAAAAAAAUCUAAAGAUAUUUCUGGUGGUAGUACAGCCUUACUGAUGAGCUCUUAUUCAGGACGAAGUCGAAGCGCAACUUUUGUGACAUGCAAAGAAAGAGAAAAAAAAAAACAGUCACUGCUUAUGUUUGUUAAAUAUCGAAACUUUCGAAUGGCCCACAAGGUUCCUCUGCUCUUGCAAUGCGUAAUAGUCGAGCGGAGGAUAUUUCCGACUUGGCAUCUUGAAAGAAUAGGUACAUAUUCACCGAAAAAUAUGGUGACCUAAUCUAAUAAGGUGACAUAAAAGUAUGGAGUGAGUACACCGUGAAACCCACAAGAAACUUGAGUAGAGCGUUUUUAUAACUGAGCAGUUGCCUUAGUAGUUUUCCCGGAUCACGAGCCUUUUGCUUCUGUUUCGGCUACGCUUGUGACCAAAACCGCGCCUAUAGACUCCUACCGGGAUAGAUGUCCGCCUGUUCGAGAGGAAAACUUUGAAAGCUGUAGUAGCGUGCAACCGCGACCGGUGUACAAUGCCGUACAUCAUACAAGCACACGAAAAUAUACCUGUUAGUUCUUGUUACUUGAGAGUGUCGUAAUUGGAGCGUAAUCUUUCACCUUCCAUCUGGGGCUUAAACGGGGAAGCGUUUUCCAAGGGAGAAUACUUGCUCGACGUGCACUAAAGCAUCUCAAAACGCGGUGUGAUCUCUCCUGGCGUCAAAUGCUAAGUCAAGGGUGUCCAAAGCGUGUUGCCAAAAUGACACUCAGCUUUCUUUAUAUAUAUAUUAUUUUUUUUGUUUGAGACGUGUUUCAAUUGAGCUGUCUCUUGUCUUUAUUCUUGUGGGAGGAUUGUAACAUAAAGCACUGUACAGAAAUAUGUCUGUUCGCGUUUUUCGUCUUGUGUGUUGCGUAAUUUCUUGGAAAGUUCGUGGUUACAUUUCAUUGUUUUCGCUUGCGUGUGAUGAUCGAGUCGUGUACAUUAAUAAUAUAUUUGAAGUCGGCGCGUGUGAAAUGCGCACGCGAUAGUCUCUGUUUGUAUUAUUUUGUUUAUUGUUGUACAUACUACUUGAUGCCGAUGAUCAUGCAAAUACAUGACACUGAUGAAAUCUGAAA